CCCGGGGUUCCCAGGGCACAGGGUUUAGAGCAAAUGUGUGUGAAGCUAAGGGACAAAUCUGGGGGAGGGUUAUGAAGAUAUCUGAGUAAAUAUGAAGGGAUAAAGACAGGAAGCAAGGAAGGAAGGGGAGAGGAGGAUCUGAUGGACAUGAGCCCUGGGGUAUACGAGCGUAGCACAUAGGUAUGUAACACCCAGUGGUGUUACAUCCGGUGAAAAGCUUCCCACCCCCCAACACCGCAUUCCUCCCCCCCCCACCUCUUUACCAUCUGCUGCUCCCCUGUCUGUCUCUUCCGGUUUUUCAUACACCUCCUUCCACAUGCAGGGGGCCUGGGCUGGGCAGAGUUGGAUCUGUGCACAUGUGCAUCUGUACACGUGUGUGUGUGUGUGUGUGUGUGUGUGUGUGUGUGUGUGUGUGUGUAUAAUCUGUACUGAGGCUGAGUCCUUGAGGGCCCUAAGGAUGUCAGAGUGGGCUUUACUAAGCUGCUGAAAGGGGAGCCAAGCUGGUGGGACCCACCUUGAUUAUGGGCUCCCUCUGGAACCAAGGCUCAGGCAUCUUUUUGUCUUCUGUCUGUCUGUUGUCACAGGCCAAUUCUCCCCCUGUGAUUGUCAACACAGAUACCCUAGAAGCCCCAGGAUAUGAGUUGCAGGUGAACGGGACCGAGGGGGAGAUGGAAUACGAGGAGAUCACAUUGGAAAGGGGUAACUCAGGUCUGGGCUUCAGCAUCGCAGGUGGCACUGACAACCCGCACAUCGGUGACGACCCAUCCAUUUUCAUCACCAAGAUCAUUCCUGGUGGAGCAGCAGCCCAGGAUGGCCGCCUCAGGGUCAACGACAGCAUCCUGUUUGUAAAUGAAGUGGAUGUGCGGGAGGUGACCCACUCAGCUGCAGUGGAGGCCCUCAAAGAGGCAGGCUCCAUUGUGCGCCUCUAUGUCAUGCGCCGGAAACCCCCAGCUGAGAAGGUCAUGGAGAUCAAGCUCAUCAAAGGGCCUAAAGGUCUUGGCUUCAGCAUCGCAGGGGGUGUGGGGAACCAGCACAUCCCUGGAGAUAACAGCAUCUAUGUAACAAAGAUCAUUGAAGGGGGUGCCGCCCACAAGGAUGGGAGGUUGCAGAUUGGAGACAAGAUCCUGGCGGUCAACAGUGUGGGGCUGGAGGACGUCAUGCAUGAGGAUGCUGUGGCAGCCCUGAAGAACACAUACGAUGUUGUCUACCUAAAGGUGGCCAAGCCCAGCAAUGCCUACCUGAGUGACAGCUAUGCUCCCCCAGACAUCACAACCUCUUAUUCCCAACACCUGGACAACGAGAUCAGUCACAGCAGCUACCUGGGCACUGACUACCCCACAGCCAUGACUCCCACUUCGCCUCGGCGCUACUCCCCAGUGGCCAAGGACCUGCUUGGGGAGGAAGAUAUUCCCCGAGAACCGAGGCGAAUUGUGAUCCACCGGGGCUCCACAGGCCUGGGCUUCAACAUUGUGGGUGGCGAGGAUGGUGAAGGCAUCUUCAUCUCCUUCAUCCUGGCCGGGGGCCCCGCCGACCUCAGUGGGGAGCUGCGGAAGGGGGAUCAGAUCCUGUCGGUCAACGGUGUUGACCUCCGCAAUGCCAGCCAUGAGCAGGCUGCCAUUGCCCUGAAGAACGCAGGUCAGACGGUCACGAUCAUUGCUCAGUAUAAACCAGAAGAGUAUAGCAGAUUCGAGGCUAAGAUCCAUGACCUUCGGGAACAACUCAUGAACAGUAGCCUGGGCUCAGGGACUGCCUCCCUGCGGAGCAACCCCAAAAGGGGUUUCUAUAUCAGGGCCCUGUUUGAUUAUGACAAGACCAAGGACUGCGGCUUCCUGAGCCAAGCCCUGAGCUUCCGCUUUGGGGACGUGCUGCAUGUAAUCGAUGCUAGCGAUGAGGAGUGGUGGCAGGCACGGCGAGUCCACUCUGACAGUGAGACGGAUGACAUUGGCUUCAUUCCCAGCAAACGGCGGGUUGAACGACGGGAGUGGUCAAGGUUAAAGGCCAAGGACUGGGGCUCCAGCUCUGGAUCACAGGGUCGAGAAGACUCAGUUCUGAGCUAUGAGACAGUGACGCAGAUGGAAGUGCACUAUGCUCGCCCCAUCAUCAUCCUUGGACCCACCAAGGACCGCGCCAAUGAUGAUCUUCUCUCCGAGUUCCCUGACAAGUUUGGAUCCUGUGUCCCCCAUACGACACGACCCAAGCGGGAAUAUGAGAUAGAUGGCCGGGAUUACCACUUUGUGUCAUCCCGGGAGAAAAUGGAGAAGGACAUUCAGGCACACAAGUUCAUUGAGGCUGGCCAGUACAACAGCCACCUCUACGGGACCAGCGUCCAGUCUGUGCGAGAGGUGGCAGAGCAGGGGAAGCACUGCAUCCUCGAUGUCUCCGCCAAUGCUGUGCGGCGGCUGCAGGCGGCCCACCUGCACCCUAUCGCCAUCUUCAUCCGCCCCCGCUCCCUGGAGAAUGUGCUAGAGAUUAACAAGCGGAUCACAGAGGAGCAAGCCCGCAAAGCCUUUGACAGAGCCACCAAACUGGAGCAGGAGUUCACAGAGUGUUUCUCAGCCAUCGUGGAGGGUGACAGCUUUGAGGAGAUCUACCACAAGGUGAAACGCGUCAUUGAGGACCUCUCAGGCCCCUACAUCUGGGUUCCAGCCCGAGAGAGACUCUGAUUCCUGCCCUGGCUUGGCCUGGACUUGCCCUGCCACCAUCGCCCGGGCCCUUGGUCUGGACUGAAUUGCCCAAGCCCUUCGCAUCCCCAGCCUCCCUCCUGCCCGUUCUUAUUUAUUUCCUUUCUAACUGGAUCCAGUCCAUUGGAGGGGGGACACUCCUCUGCAUGUAUCCCUGCACCCCAGAACUAGGCUCCUGAACCCCAGGAACCUGGGGUCGGGGGGCAGGAGCGGGGCUCCUGGUUUUGAGCCCUUGCUCCUUAGGACCCCCACCCUUGCCCGCCCCCAAUGCACACACAGACCCACUGGGGGCUGUUGCCCUCCCCCGUCUUUUCCCACACACAUUCCAGAAGUUGGGGGCCCUCUGAAGGAGCACCCUGUGCUCCCCUGAAGCAAGGUCUGGCCCUGCCCCCAUCAUAACUCCCCAUGUCCCUUGAGUUCUCAUUUUUUUUUCUCCAUUUUUUUUUUUUCUUCUCAAAGGUGGUUUUUGGGGGGAGAAGUAGGGGGACUCCAUUGUGGGUCCUCUGCCUUCCACAUACCCCCCACCUUUUUUCUUUGCUGGUUUGCAUGAGUGGAAGGUCUAAUUGUGGCUUUUUUUUU